UGCGCGGACCGAACGCGCGUCCGUCCGGCGACCGGCGCGACGUUGCCAGCUCUCGACAAAAAAAUACCAGAUUCGACCUUCUUAGGACCCUCGUUUUUUUUUGUUUGGCCGCGUUAUCAUUCCGGAACGCGUAGUGUGUAACCCUUAUCCGAGUGAUGGUGUUCUAUAGAUGCUAUAACGGCUAUAGCUGGAUUAUUAGUGCAGUGCUCUAGUGUAUUAUGGUUUGGUCGGCGCCUUCGGGGGAAGUCUUAAUAGACAUCGUUUCAAGGCCCGGGCAGACGGAGCACGGGCACGGGGCGCUGGCGUACGGCGGCAAGCAGACGGGCGUGGCGCCGGCGAGGCCCUCAGCGCCCUACGCGCCCAGCUACCCCUCCGCGCUGCGCCUGCACCAGCCCUAUGGAUCCGCGGCGCUCUCCUACAGGGACAGCUACGCCCGCGGUGGCGGCGGCGCGGCGGGCGAGUACCGUGCGGGCGCGCGGAUGUCGCUGCUGGGCUCAGCGUACCUGGCGCCGCCCGCGCCGCCCGCGCACCACCCGCCGCCCGCGGACCCGCCGCCCUUCAAGAAGAUCCGCCUGGCGGCCGAGCGGCCCGCCGCCAAGCACCAACUGCGCGUCGAUACCCGGGAGCCGGUUAUGAACUCUUAUAACAACACGGUGGAGGUGCUGUCGCCGAACCCGCCUUCGGAGCAUACCAUCGAGGACCAGAGCUUUCGCACCACUAAAGAUGAUCUUCUACAGCAAAUAUCUAAGGUGGAUCGAGAGAUGGCGCUGUCGGAAACGACGCUCCAGAAGUUAAAGAAGAAGCAGGAAGAGUUAGAGCAGUCGGCGUCUAAGCCAGCGCUGACUGAGGAGCCCGAGGAGGCGCCUCCGCGGCACCGGAGUCUAGCGCAGUGUAUCUACGCGGACAACAGAAAGAGGGCGGCAGCAGCACACGCGGUGCUAGCGCACCUGGGCCCGCCGGUGCUGUACCCGCUGUACAACCAGCCCGAGGACACGGCCGUGUACCACGAGAACAUCCGCAAGCACCGCGCCUUCCGCCGGCGCCUCGCCGACCACCUCAAGACAGUGCGCCUCGAAACCGAAAAGCGGGAAGACGCGCUGACAGAAGAGUACAGCAGGCGGGCGGCCGAGUGGCUCCGACGCGUCGACAGGAUCGAGCAAGGACAAAAGCGGAAGACGAAAGACGCGCGGAAUCGGGAGUUCUUCGAGAAGGUGUUCCCCGAGCUGCGCAAGGCGCGCGAGGAGCGCGAGCGGUUCAACCGGCUGGGCGCGCGCGUCAAGUCGGAGGCGGAGCUGGAGGAGAUCGCGGACGGGCUCCACGAGCAGGAGCACGAGGACAAGAAGAUGCGCUCGCUCACCGUCGUGCCGCCGCUGCUGCGGGACCCGCGCCUCACGCGCCACAACCUCGACACCAACAAACGGUGUAUGGAUAUGGAGACGGAAUACAAAGAGUUAAAACUCCGCAACGUGUGGACGCGAGCUGAGAAGGAGAUGUUCAGGGAAAAGUACCUCCAGCACCCCAAGAACUUCGGCCAGAUCGCCUCCUUCCUACCCAGGAAAAGCGUGAGGGAUUGCGUCAGGUUCUACUACCUGUCUAAGAAGGCGGAGAACUACAAGCAGCUGUUGAGGAAGCCGCGGCCGCGGAGGCACGCGAGGCCCAGGCCCGCGCCCGAGCCCGAGCUACCCGCCGGCGUCACCACCCGCCUGCAGCGGAUACAGGGCUCGGCGCGAGUGGCGGAUAAGGACGCGAGUAUGGAUGAGCUGUCACAACCGGCUGAUACCACGCCCGUCGACCUCAUCCCCGUACCUCCGGCGGCCCCGGCGCAUCCUGCGAGGUCAGAAUUGAGCCGAACGCCUCCCCUACCACCUUCUCCACCUCCUGGGUCGUCAGCACCUCCAGCUGCAACGACCGACGGCAGUCCGAGCGCAUUAAGCGGUUCAAGCGGACUCACUGGGCUAAGCGGCCCAAGCAGUUCACCGGGCCUGAGUGGUUCCAACUGUUCAGGCUCAGAUGGACUCAGCAAUACGAGUGGACUUAUCCCAAUGUGUACUUCUAGUGCGAGUUUAAGUGUGCCCAAUGCGUUGGCGAGUACUAGUAGUGCUGUGAGUAGUUUGAAUGUGAGUGUUGUGACUAGUGUGCCUGGCCCGAUUGGCAGCCCGGUCGUGUCGGCGCCGACGCCACCGGCGUGCGAAGGGCCGGCCACGCCGCUGGCGGACUUACCGCCGGUCACGGUCGCGGCUUCUACGCCGACGGUUAUUACUACGACGUCAGCACCAAGUGGCGGUGCGGUGAUGUCGUGUAUGGCGGGCAGUAAGCCGCCCACGCCGCAGCCAGCGCAACCGCCCACGCCCACACAUCCACCGCCCACGCCUGAGCCCGCGAUGACGGAAAGAACGAGUACACCGUCCUCAACCAUUCCACCGUCCAGCUCCACCACCACCACGGUCACAACACUCAACAGCGCCUGCGCAGUGUGCUCAGCCAACGGCGCUACCAGGGCCGUGGCUCCCUCGCGAGCUGGCCAGUACGGCCUCGACCCUUCCAUGGCCGGGGCCAGGGUGUGCGAAGCGUGCCACUGCAGAUUCGUGCGAGCGAGAAGAAGCAGAUGUACGGUCCCAUCUUGCGCUGGGCCGAGGGCGAAACGGUUGAGGCAUUUACCACCGAGAUGGCACGACUUACCGUUAGAACUGAAGAGGCCACUCAUGGACGACUUCCAAAUUCCAAGCGACCUCAGCAAGUGCUGUCUAACGUGCUUCAAGCGUAUAACCCGGAGGUUAGACUCUGUGGGCGAAGGCGGUUCAGCGCCGGAACCUACCGAGGACGAAGCGGCCGGCUUCAGGACGUUGUUAAGAGAACACGGAACCGCCUGGGAGAGGAUGUCAGCCGCCAGCGGGAAAACUCCAGCCAGCCUCAAGGCGUUUUACUUCACGUAUAGAAAAAAACUCCAGCUCGACGUUUUAUUGAGUGAAAGACAACCGUCGAGAGGAAGUGAAACAGACGACAGUAUACUUAGUUCUGGGGACACGGACACUGCCAGUGCGGAUUCACCCCGGCCUCCUCCCUUACCGGGGCCGCGGACGGAUGCGGUGGCUCCGAGAAGGCAUAGGAGGGAUGAAUAUGAUUCCUCCGCCACGGAGACCGCUGAUGAAGAGAACGACGCGCCAAGUGCUAAGACCAUAGCCCCCGCGCCAGCGCCUGUUGUAGCCAUGGGGGCGGGCAUCGGGGUCCCCGGGGCCACGAGCUCGAACCCCGGCACGGUGUCCGUGUCUGUGUCGAGCGCGCAGGGCCCCAUCGCGUCCGUGGGCACGCCGCUCACCGUGCGCGACGUGGUGCUGAACAUGAUCGAAGUCAGCCUGAUGAGGAACUCGAGGCCCGUGCCGCCGCACCCUAACCCCCAGACCAUGAACCACCAGCACUCACAACCGACCAAGGUUCCAACGCACGAGCCGCUCGCGACGCUCACAGUGGUGAGCGGCGCGGGGCACGCCAGCUCGCCGCACUCCCCGCGCUCGCCGCACCGCGGCGCCACCAUCACGCCGCUGCCGCCCGACGGCAAGGACGUCAUGCUGCUGCACAUCGAGCCGCGCCCGGCCGCGCCGCACCACCUGGCGCACGCGCACCCGCACCCGCACCCGCACGCGCCCGCAGACCCGCUCGACCUCAGCGAGAAGCGGCCGCGCCACGAGCCGCCCAAACCCCAACACCGCAACGCCGAAUACGCGGCGUACAGAGCUGCGGAAAGACAAUCCCCCACGCAAUACAACUCCAAACCCAAACCCGUGGCUUCCCCCCGACCGUCGCUCAAGCUAGCCGCCAACCCCAAGGGCUCCAUCACCCUGGGAACCCCUGUGGAAACCCGUUACGAGCCUCAACGAAUACCCUCGGAUCCGAAAACCGGGUCGAUCACAGCCGGGACACCGGUCCACGGUCCUCAUCACUUGCCGGAGAAAAGGAACUUGGAGUACAGGCGGCGUAGCCCUGGAGGCGCGUACUAUGCGGGCGCGGGCAGCCAGCCGCGGCCGCAGUCGCCUUCCUCGUUUCAAAAUGCGACAGCAACUGCAGUAUCACGUGGCACGUACGGCCUUGAGAGACGGCAGAUCAUGCUUACGGACUACAUCACCUCGCAACAGAUGCACGGUGUGGUGAGAAGAGAACGGGAACCUUCCCAUCAUCACCAGCAGCAACAUCAGCAGCACCAACAGCAGCAGCAGCAGCAGCAGCAUCAGCAACUCCAGCAACAGCAACACCAGCACCAGCAGCAGCAGCAUCAACAACAACAGCAGCAGCAGCACCAGCAACAACAGCAGCAGCAGCAGCAACACCAGCACCAGCAACAGCAACAGCAGCAUCAGCAGCAGCAACACCAGCAGCAGCUUCAGCACCAGCAUCAGCACCAGCCAAUAAGGAGGGAUCGCGACACGGUGUCCGUUAUACAGAAGCACACGCACACCUACUCGCAUCCCCACCCCCCGCCUGGUCACGAAGCGUUUGCGCAGCUGGUGAACGCGGCUUCGGUGGCGCCUGCGUUACCCGUGCCGCGCCGCGAGGAGCCCGCACCCGAGCCGCCGCCCGCGUCGCCGUUGCACCACGCGCCGCACCCGCCACACAUGCACCACGACAUCAGAGCGUCCCGCGAGUUCAGCAUGUCCCAGAAGUACCACCCGCAGUACACCACAGCGGAACGACGCGCCCCCCCUCCACAGCAGCGCGACGUGCGAGAUAGUCGAGAACGAAUGGUGCCCAUGCAAGAGCGGCACUACGUCAUCGAGCAGCACCAGUCGCACCAGCAGCACCAACAGCACCAGCAGCACCAGCCGCACCAGCAUCAGCAGCACGCGCAGCAACUGCUCAUAGAUCGGCACCUCAUACCGACCCACUCUCAGAACAUGUCGAGUGGGGAGGAGCGGCGCGGGUCGAGCGGCAGUGGGGGGGCGGCGGGCUACGGGGCGCCGGGCAAGCGACCCAUCCAUCAACUUGACAGGAAAGAUGGGUAUGUUCUUCACACUCUACUCAGUCUUCUCUCAUUCCCCUUUUUUUGGACGCGCAUCUCGCGUAAGCCUUGUGUAAUUUAUGUGGGGUUGCGCAGGCGCACGGCGGCGAGCGCGGUCAGCACGCCGGGCGGCGGCGCGGGCGCGGCCCCGGCGCCGGGCGCGGCGGGCGGCGGCGCGGCGGCCGGCGCCGAGCUGUCGGCCGCGUCGCUCAUCAACGCGAUCAUCACGCAGAAGAUCAGCCAGACCAGCAAUCAGAGGUUUCCAUCGAAGAUCAUACGUGAGAGUGACGGGGUGGUGCCGCAAUCGGACCGCAUGCUCAUCGACCACCAGCGCGAUCGCGACCGCGAGUCGGAGCGUGAUCGCGAUCGCGAAAACGACGGCCCGCCACAACUGACGGCGCACACCACGAGCAUGAAGCUGGGAGACCUAGCGUCGAACAUCAUCGUCAGGGACUUUAGUAGUCCGAACACCAACUCACUUCUACAUCAUAACAACCGGUUCGCGGUGUCGAGUGCGGACACGUACGCGGGCGGCGCGGGCGUCGCGGCGGGCGCGCCGGGCGCCGGGCCGGCCGACGAGUGGCGCCGCGACGCGCCCAAGCACGCGCCCUACCUGGAGCCCGUGUCGCCGCCGGACAACCACCACACGGGGCGCGGCGGCGCGCGGCGCUACAGCGCGGCGCACGUGGGCGGCGGCAGCGUGCUCACGGCGUACGACUACGUCACGACGCGCAUCGUGGAGGUGAUGCGCAACGACGAGGAGCGCAGCAAGCCGCCCUUCCACCCGCCCACGUCCUACGCGUACCCGUACUCCGCGCUCAACGUGGCCACGCCCGCCACCGACGGUGAGUGCCUACCAAUUUUUUUCAUCAUUCUCAACAUUUCAACCAAUCGACGUCCACUGCUGUCCAUCGCUGCUAUGUGCGCUAGCUUGUCUCCAGCGGCUCCCAGCGACUCGCCUGAUGUCAUCUGUCCACCUCGUUGGGGGCCGACGGUGUGGGGUCGACAUAUAUGCACCUUAAGAACCCAACGUCCAUCGGUUCUCCGAGCUCCCGCGGCGCCGCUGCCGGCGCCAGUGCAGCCGGAGCCCGCCCCGCUCAUGUCGGCGCAGUACGAGCCGCUGUCGGACGAGGACUGA